AUCUCUCCCUCCCUUAUCCAAACCGAUGUUUCAGGAAUUUGCGCAGCUCGCAGGUCGCGACCACCCUUGACACCGCCGAUGGCUUCCCUGCUUCGCCACCCUCAGUGCUUCCCCUCGACCUCGCCGUUCUCCUCCGACGUCUUCCCUUCCGCUCCCGCUCACCCACUACACCCUCAACCCUUCCUGUCGCUUCCCCUACCGAAGUCCCCGCUCCCUUCUCCUCUGCGCCGCUCUCUCAAAUCUAAGCCGAUAAGGCCUUCGCCCCUUUACCAUUGCCAUUGCGCUUCUUCUUCGGCGACUUCGGCUCUUCUUGUCGAAACCCAGUUGCCCGCAAAUGACGAGGGUGCCGCCCCAGUAGGCAAAGAAGAGGAGGAGGAAGAAGAGUUCUCGAGGACCAGAUUGAUUGCCCAGAACAUUCCCUGGGCUUGUACUGCCGAGGAUGUUCGGUCUCUGUUCGAGAAGCACGGGACGGUCGUCGAAGUCGAGCUGUCGAUGCAUAGUAAGACGAUGAACAGGGGUCUAGCUUUCGUGGAGAUGGGUUCAGCUGAGGAGGCUCUCGCUGCUCUCAACAGUCUCGAAUCGUCCGAAUUCGAGGGUAGAGUAUUGAAAGUCAACUAUGCGAAACUGCGAAAGAAGAAACCUCCUCCUCCUGCGCAACCCAGACCGGUCGCAACAUUCAACUUGUUCGUGGCUAAUCUGUCGUAUCAGGCUAGAGCGAAAGACCUGAGGGAGUUUUUCGGCUCGGGGAGUGGUAGGGUUGCUUCUGCGGAAAUAAUAUUUCAUGAAAAUCCAAGAAGGUCUUCUGGAUAUGGAUUUGUUUCUUUCAUAUCCAAGAAAGAGGCUGAGGCAGCCUUGACAACCUUUCAGGGGAAGGAUUUUAUGGGAAGACCAUUAAGAGUGGCACGAAGUAAGCAAUUUCUGAAGCUACAAACUAAAGAAAGCUUGCAGUCCAAAGCUGCAUCAGACGAGUUGAUACCUGAUGCUGAGCAGGCGGAUGAAGCUGAGUAGAACCAAAAUUGGAAACACAGAGACACUUCCUGUUUUUGGUUAUAGUCAGUGAGGUUUCUUAAACACAGGCACUCAGUUUUCAUUUUAUAAAGCUGUCCAUUUUUUUAGUGGUAUAUGUAACUUUGUAAUGUGCGCUUUCGUCAUAACAUUGGAAUCCAUUCCCAAGCUAAAUGAAGCAUUUAUAGUGGAUGGUGUAAUUCUCCAUCUGUAUCUCCA